GAUCUUCCCAACUUUUUGGCAAAUACCAAACAUAUAAAUCUCUUAAAGAAAAAGUACUCAUCCAUCUCGCCAUUUCUCAUCAAAAUCGCCAAUCAAACCAAAACCCAUCUGGAAGCUUGUGUUCUUGAUCUUUGUUAAUCCGGGUCGAAAUAAAAACAAAGGAUCAAGAUGGGUUUUGACAAAGAAUCAAGCUCGUCGUCUCAGCGCCUCAGACCACCAGCCCCAUCAGAAAACACACCGCUGAUCGGAGACCCGAAGCCAUUGUCUUCCCAAGGCAAGACCUUUGCCAAUGUCUUCAUCGCUAUUGUGGGUGCAGGCGUUUUGGGCUUGCCUUAUUCUUUCAAGCGCACUGGGUGGCUCAUGAGCCUCCUCACCCUUUUGCUUGUGGCGUUUCUUACCCACCAUUGUAUGAUGCUGUUGGUCUACACCCGAAGAAAGCUUGAGUCUUCCAAUGGAUGCACGAAGAUCCCAUCUUUUGGGGACUUGGGUUUCGCCGUUUGUGGCACUGUAGGGAGGUUGGUGGUCGAUGUUCUUAUCAUUCUUGCUCAGGCUGGGUUUUGCGUCGGCUAUCUCAUUUUUAUUGGUAAUACAAUGGCCCAUUUGCUAAAUGCACCCACAGCAACCGUUUUGACACCCAAGAUUUUGGGUUUGGCACCAAAAAGCUUUUACAUUUGGGGGUGUUUUCCGUUCCAAUUGGGGUUGAAUUCAAUUGCAACGUUGACCCAUUUAGCCCCUUUGAGUAUUUUUGCUGAUGUGAUUGAUCUUGGAGCAAUGGGCGUGGUGAUGGUGGAGGAUGUGAUGGUUAUGGCGGCAAAAAGGCCUGAAGUGAAGGCCUUUGGGGACCUUUCUCUGUUCUUUUAUGGCCUGGGUGUGGCUGUGUACUCGUUUGAAGGGGUUGGGAUGGUUUUGCCUUUAGAGACAGAGACCAAAGACAAGGACAAGUUUGGGUGGAUCCUGGGCUGGACCAUGACUUUCAUUUCUUUGAUGUAUGGAAGCUUUGGAGCUUUGGGUUACUUUGCUUUUGGGGAAGAAACUAAGGACAUGAUCACAGCUAAUUAUGGUGCAGGCGUGAUCAGCACUCUGGUGAAGCUUGGUCUUGUGGUGAAUCUAUUCUUCACAUUGCCUAUAAUGAUGCACCCGGUUUAUGAGAUCAUGGAGAGGCGGUUUUGGAGCGGGAGGUAUUGCUUAUGGUUGAGGUGGGUGCUGGUUUUGGCUGUGAGUUUGGUGGCUUUGUUGGUCCCCAAUUUUGCUGAUUUCAUGUCUUUGGUGGGGAGUGGUGUGUGCUGUGCAUUGGGGUUUGUUUUGCCUACCUUGUUUCACUUGAUGGUUUUCAAGGGAGAGAUGGGGUGGAGACAAUGGUCGUCAGAUGUAAGCAUUUUGGUGUUAGGACUUGUUCUUGCGCUUUCAGGAACUUGGUCUGCUCUGCAAGAGAUUUUCUCCAUCAAAGUAUAGGAUAUGUGAGUUGAGAGUUGACGUCUAUUCCUCAGCUAGCUUGAGUGAUUUUUCUCUGCAUUACCAAAAGAUGUUCCCUUUGCCUACAGAUUGUUAUCUUAUUUUGAUCAUAAAUGGCGUCCUCAUUCAAAGAUUGUAAAGGUAUGAUGUUAGUAGAAUGUUACCUGUUGUUAAAAUGAAGUUUGCAUUGGCCCAAAAUAUUUUUGAGUGUUUGGCUUAAAGAUGAUGCUGAUAUAUUCCAUAAUGAACCCUCUCAUUAUUGUUC